AUGCUCACAGCAAUGGAUGGGAAUAAUAGAGAUAAGCGAGUCGCCAUAGUAGGCGCUGGGCCGGCCGGUCUGGCGGCAGCACGGGUAUUGCUGGCUAAUACCAAGCUACAAGUAACGGUGUUCGAGCAAGCUCCACAAAUAGGAGGCGUGUGGUACUACAACGAUGGCGAUAAGGAAUCCGCCAUGUACGACCAUCUGGAAACGAACUUGCCGAAACAGAUAAUGGCGUAUAGUGGGUUUCCAUUCCCCGACUACGAUAGCGUUUUUCCACCAAGAACUCGCGUGCUUGAGUACCUGCUUUUGUAUUACCGUGCGUUUGUUGAAGGCAGGGCCCAAAUGUGCUUCAACACACAGGUGACAUCGCUAGAGAAGAUCAUCGACAAAAACAAAUGGCAAGUCAUUACGUCAAUGGGGAAGAAGUCCACAUUCGACUACGUGGUUGUUGCGAAUGGUCAUUUUAGAACACCCAAUCUGCCAGACGACAUACCAGGGUGGGCGGAAUGGGCCCAACUGGCCCCUCACGCAAGCAUACACUCUACCCAGUAUACGAACUGUGCAGAAUUUCGGGACAAAACUGUUGUGGUGGUGGGUAAUGGCUCUAGCGGUGUGGAUAUCGCAAACCAGAUCUCAAGUGUCGCAGGCACCGUGUACCAUAGCGUCCGGGACCCUUCCAAGGCUAGCUGGCCCCCGGAGUCUCCGAUACGCGUGGUCGGGGCAAUCCAGAACAUGGAUGCUGCGCGACGGACAUUAUAUUUCCAGCAUGGCCAGGUAGUUCCGGAUGUCGACCAGGUUAUAUGGGCCACGGGCUUCCGAUUCCAUUUUCCAUUCCUCAAGAGCUACCGUGGCGUGCUCUUUCCAGAAGACUCCCCAUCAGGCGUCACCCGCAUCUGCGGUCUCUGGGAGCACCUUAUAUUUGCCGAGGAUCCCACUCUUGCAUUCCCGCUGCUCAAUCAGGGCGUAGUUACGUUUCCGCUUGCGGAAUCCCACGCUUGUCUCAUCGCACAGGUCUUCAGCGGGAGAAUACCCCGCGAGCAGAUGCCUCCCGUCGAGACCUCGGCCGGCAAAUCAGUUAUGUCACCAGAUGAUGUGCUCUACUACAGACAUAUAAACGAAAUCUUGCUUGCGCACGGAGGUGAGCAAGACCCCUUUCGCCCGGUUAUCUGGGAUGACAAGAUGCUAAAGUUGCGCAUCGAUGGCAAGGAGGCAAAGACUCGCAGAAAUUUUGAGCUGGUCCAUCGCUCCCUCAAUCUGCGGAAACUGGGAUUACCAUACAGUCUUUAA